UCAAUCGGUUGUUCGACUAACAUUCAGCUUUGCGAGUGUUUUGUUGUGACUUGGAGAGAAAUUCGUACAAGAAAAAGAUUUCCAUCAUGAUCGAUGCUACAGCAUUCUUAACGAGAGGCACAGCCUUUCUUGCUGGGGAAACCAUUGAAUGUGCAAUAACAUUCUCAUGCCCAGAAGCCACAGGUUCAGGUCAACCUGAGUGUCUUGCAUGGGCCAGUGCUCAGCUCCAUUGCCAGUGCAAUGUGAAAGAGUCAAAGGUCAUUAUUCCUCCGCAACCAAUCACAAGGAGACCUUCGGAGGAAUGGGAGAACAUCCAGUCUUCCAGCAAUACAAGCUUUGCAGCAAGUAGAGGUGAGAAAGGUGUCUGUAUUCUACUGACCCAACCCAAGAUUUUAUUCUGUGAUCUCAAGAUGAAACCAGGAGAAACAAAAACCAUCAUUUACUCCGAGACGAUUCCUAGAGAUGCUCCUCCAUCAUACAGAGGUCAAGAUGUCAAGUAUUCUUACAAAGUGACCAUCGGUGUCCAGAGGAUUGGCUCCCCUAUCAAACUCAUCAAGGUCCCAUUCAGACUGAUGGUGCUAUACGGUCUUGAUGAGGCGACGAUAUUUGAAGGAGCAAAUCAUACAGACGCAGCGAAUCCAUUCUUAGAAGGUGAUAGGCCCAAGAAUACACUCCUAGACAGAGCAGUGCAGAUACUUACUACCAUCACCUCAAGAAAGAGCCCAAAUUCGUACAACAUCACCAACACACAGGGAGCCGUAGCCAAGUUCUGCCUCUUCAAACCCGCCUUCAAGCUGGGAGAGGACAUCAUUGGUACCAUUGACUUCUCUGAUGCAUCAGUAGCAUGCCUACAAUACUCUGUAGUGUUACAAUGUGAGGAGCAGAUAUCUGAGGAGUGCAGGAGAAGACAGCAGCAGACCAGUACUACCGUAGCCUCUCACAGCAAACAUCAAGAGUUUUGUCUCCAUCUACGCCACUCACACAUGGUUCUACCCAUCCCGCUUCAUGUCACUCCAGCCUUCAUUACAGAUAUAGUCUGUCUUCGAUGGAGACUACACUUUGAGUUUACUACCUCCAAGGAGCCGAUCCCAGAGCAUGGUAUACCUAGUGACCAAUCAGAGAGCGCUAUCUGGCAGGGACCCGACAAUGUGAGCGUAGACACGCUAGUAUGGAAUCUACCUAUCAAGAUCUUACCCAUUAACCCUCUACAUGCCACUAGCUACUCUGCUUGGAAAGCCACAAACCUUGUUUCGGUUUAAACUCAUUUCUCACCCUGGCAAGAUCAAUAUUCCUACAUAACAACCAGAAACUGCUAUCGGUCUAGGGCUUUACGGUGCUAGUGUAGAGAUGCUAGUAUGGAAUCUACCUAUCAAGAUCUUACCCAUUAACCCUCUACAUGCCACUAGCUACUCUGCUUGGAAAGCCACAAACCUUGUUUCGGUUUAAACUGAUUUCUCGCCCAAGAAUGUUAUUCCUACUAAACAGUUGGAGAGUGCUAUCAGGCAAGGACUAGUGAUUAGGGAAUCUACUCGUCAAGAAUUUACUAUUUCAUUCUCUGCGAGCAGCUCUUCAUAGAAUUCUACACAUCUUGAUUUCUGUCUGAAAUGAACUGUGUCUUCCCCCAGAGCACAGCAUCUGAUGAACACAGCACCAUCUUGCAGAGAUGAGACAAUAAGCCAGUUCACGGUUGCAGUCUGAGCAUGAGCAGAUAAAGGUCAUUGCAGAACAAAUUGUGAAAUACGCAGAGACAAAAUACUGAUACAUGCUCAUUACAGUGAUGUAAUCAUUAUUCAUUUAUGCACAAGCAGUGCA